AUGAUCAGGAAACGCGCAAGACCGCAGCACUGCGCUCGUGAGCUCUCACGCGAAGUCGAGUCGCUGCCAGCAGAUGCUGAAGCCGGUGGCGAUCUCCGGAAGCUUCGGAAGCUCAGGCAGGGCAUCGACGUUGCGAAGCUGAACAAGGGGGACGUGAAGAAGCGGAAGAAGAAGAGGGCGAGAGAGGGCGAAGGCAAGGAUGGCGAGGGUGACGACGAGGAUGGCGAGGGCGAGAAGGACAAGGAAGCUAAAGCUCGCCGCGUCGUGCGAGCUAACAACUUCACGCAGCAAACCAAUGCGCUGGACGUCGACAAGCACAUGAUGGCAUAUAUUGAGGAGAACAUGAAGAUGCGGCGCGGGCCGCAGAACGCGGAGACGGAGACGGGACCUACGGAUCCUUCAGACGACCUGUACCGCCUUCCGGACCGCUACAAGGUCGAGAAGAAGGCUGCCGAGGAAGGGAACGUGACGAACAGUCUCGCGAUGUUGACAGCGAUCCCUGAAGUCGACCUUGGCAUGGAUGCGCGACUGAAGAAUAUCGAAGAGACGGAGAAGGCGAAGCUGAUGCUGACCCAGGAGCGCAAAGGCCGCAAAAAAGCGGGCAAGACCGAUGAGGAGCACCUUUCUGCUGCACGAUUCUACCGGCCCAACAUGCGCAUGAAGUCUGACGCGGACAUAAUCCGAGAUGCGAAGUUGGAAGCGAUGGGACUGCCGCCGGAGGAAGAGCACCACAGGCCUCACAAUCAGCGGUCGCAGAUGGCCACUGACGAGAUGGUUAUGGAGCGCUUCAAGAAGCGCAUGCGGAAGUAGGCCACAAGGAAGGCUGGCGUUCGACACUAUUUGAUCUUUGUACGUUCCUGGGAUAUUGUAUUGUGCUUUCCGUUUUUCGCUG